GGGAGGGGUGGCGGGCAGCCCCCGGCCGCGAGGCCCCCGCCCCUUCCAGCGUGGGGGUGCGCCGCGGCUCCCCCCAACCGUCGCUCGGACGCUCGCCGGCGCGCCCUCCUCCCCACGCCCCCCGGGCCGCCCUGGGUUCCUAUAGGAAGGGCAUCAGCAUCCCAUCCCCACCCACCCGACGACACUUGGCUCUUUUCCCCUCCCCCUCCUGGAACUUCCUCCUCGUCCCCGGUCGGGCCCUCCGCCUCUCUCCGCACUCUCCUCCCCAGUUCGCACAUUUCCGCCCACCUUCCGCCUGGCCUUGCCGCAGCGCAGCUAGCGGGGUGUUAUUUUUCCCCCCCCUUGGGUAAGGAGUUGGUGAAGGUGAGACUCAUGAGGGAAUACAAGGUAGUUGUGUUAGGGAGCGGAGGGGUUGGCAAAUCUGCCCUCACCGUGCAGUUUGUCACCGGGACUUUCAUUGAGAAAUAUGACCCCACCAUUGAAGAUUUCUACCGCAAAGAGAUCGAAGUGGACUCUUCCCCGUCAGUACUGGAAAUCCUGGACACCGCAGGAACCGAGCAGUUUGCCUCCAUGAGAGAUCUGUACAUCAAGAACGGCCAAGGUUUCAUCCUGGUGUAUAGUUUGGUUAAUCAACAGUCUUUUCAGGAUAUCAAGCCAAUGAGAGAUCAGAUUGUGAGAGUGAAGAGAUAUGAGAAAGUCCCACUAAUCCUAGUGGGAAACAAAGUGGAUCUGGAACCAGAGAGAGAGGUUAUGUCUUCCGAAGGCAGAGCUCUGGCUCAAGAAUGGGGCUGUCCUUUCAUGGAAACGUCAGCAAAAAGUAAAUCAAUGGUGGAUGAACUUUUUGCUGAGAUCGUCAGGCAAAUGAACUAUUCAUCCCUGCCUGAGAAGCAAGAUCAGUGUUGUACAACUUGUGUUGUCCAGUAAAAAAGAAAACCUCAAACAUGGCCAUACCGAGCAGAUUACAAACUCAGAGGAAAUUUGCACAGAUGCUGCUUUGGAGAACUUUACAACCUGGGUUGCAGAACUGAGCCUUGGUAAACCUGUCUCUAUCACAGCAUGUUGCCAUACAGCUAAUGAAGUGCAUAAGGUCUUGGCCCUCAAGAUCCACGGACCUUAACAGUAAUGCUUAGCACGUUUACCAUACAUUUAAAAUCUGUUCUUUAUCGAUCCGUCCUUUUAUAGCUUUUUAAGUUCUUAUUGAUGGCUAAUAUGAAAGGGUUAAUUUUAAUGUUAGUUGAUUUCGUUAAUCAGUUUCUCAACUUGUAUUUAUUACUCAAACUCAGUAUUACCUACUCAAUGCCUUUUAAAAGAAAGAUAUAAUGGAGAAAAAAAUUGAGCCUUAAACAAAUGGUUACUUCUGUAUAUUACCUCGUACCAAUGCUUCAUCCUAUUUGUAAAAUCUUUCUCCUAUAAAUGGUUGGUUAAUACUUUGAGACUUUGUUUACGUGUGGCAGUGUUGUAAAAAGAAACUAAAGAUCACAUUUUACCUGUAUCGAUGGACUAUCCCUUUUCUUCAAGUGCAGUUUUGGUAAUUAACGAGUUGUGAACGUUCCAGGUGAUACUGGAGGUUGGCUGUACAACGUUUACUUGAAGUUGAAGAGUUAAGUAUUUGAUUCCAUUAGGCCUUCACAUGUGUUGAUCUCAUUUACAGCAUUAAAUUGCAGCAGUAACAUUUUUCUUUCUGUGAAGUUCUAAACUUAGUUAUGACCUACUAGCAAUGCCUUUGAAAAGGGAUAUUGUGUCCAUGGUAAAUUAAUUGUAUACCUAAACAGAGAUAGCUCAGCUUUGCCCGUCAGGCUUGUCAUUGACAUCUGGUAGACUUCUGCACAUGUAAAACUGAAUUCAGAUAAAACCAUGUACAAUUUCUAGUUCUUAAUAUUUGUCUUUCUGACUAAUAGUUUAAAGCAAUAUUUGUUAAUGUUUUCUUGCACUAUCACAACUGCUUUUUAGUUUUUUUUUCAAGAAGCAUGUUCGUAGUAGAGACAGAUCUGUGUAACAGGAGGGAAAGCAGCGCCGAGUCUCUGGCUGGCUGUGUUUUAUUUUUGCAAAUGUGCUUUCUAAUAGCCAUUGCCUUCCAUGUUGUUUACCUAAUCAGCACAUGUUGUCUGAAUACUUGAACAUUUUACCAAUAACGCAGGUAUAGAAAAAGAAAAAAAUACUUACAGUGAGUAAUCUUUUUGUUCACUUUUAACAUCAUGAUGACAAAUCCUUUUUUCUAGCAAUUAUUUUUCAAUUGUGAAAGUUUGACAGUAUUUUGUUUGGGGGUUUUAUUUGGUUUUAUUUGUGUGCUUUUAAUUUGCAGAAGUUAGUAACUGCAGCUCACCUACUGCACCAAAGUUCUCGAUUUUAGGAGCCCAGCUUUAGUCAUUUGAACAUGCUUCUAAAUAAAACAAAACCAAAACUAUGCUUUUGAUCUAUAAUAAUAGCUCAAUAACUUUGUCAAACAAAGCUCUAUUAUAUGCAGUGAUGGUUUGUGGAAGGGUGUGGCAAGUUUAAAUUUGUAUUGUGUGUGGUGUUCAAAUAAAGUGAAAUCUACAUUCAUGUGACUUAUUGGUCAGCAUGGCCAUUAAUUAAUGAGUAGAAAAUGAUUAAACUUUGAUUUCCUUUUUUGAAAUCGUGUUGCAUUUGAUUCCUGAUCAGAUUCCCUCAAAGCGAGCUCGUGUUCUUACAUCUGGGGUUUGAUGGUGAGAGGCAGCUGAAGUGUUUGUUCUUAGUUACAAACUGCGUGAAAUAAAUACUUAAUUUGAGUUUGCACUUUAAAACCCAACGCUCCUUUCAGAGUAGCUUAAGUGCUUCUGGCUCAUCAUUAUUAGCCCUGUGAAAUUCUAAAGGAAUCAAAGAAUUCAUGAUGGCUUCAAUUUUCUGCAGAUUGAUUUUUAUACAGUCCCCCCCCCCCCGCCAUGGCUAUCCUUCUGUCCUUCCCUUUUUUCGCCUUCUGUCACCUCUCUCUCCAUCACAGUGUUCAUUGUCAUUGACCUCAGCAGCAAAUUUCACUCGGAUUCACUUAGGAUCACAGGAAUCAGGGGAAAGGGAUUUGAAAGGUGGUUUCUCCAGCACAUUUUAAGAAAAGGGACCAAAAGUUAUUUUAGCUUCCUCAAUAGAUUGCAUGUUGCUUAUUAGGAUAAGAAAUGAAUAUUAAAUGCAAUAUAUGUCUUGUCUUUAUUAUGGCAUUUGUUUAGGAGUUGUUCAAAUCACUGCAGUAGGGCUCUGCAAAUAAAGUCAUGUAACCUAUUAUGAUGGAUCUAAUGUACUGUAACUUUAUCAGUGAACAGUAAAAUCUCGAAUAACAAGUACAAACAUUGAACAAUUACCUAUGAAGAUUUGUAAAAGUAAAUUUUUUCCAAUAGAUUUCAUUCUUGUCAUUUUGUAAGACGACCCUGCAGUCCACCUGUUUGUAACUUUUUUAAUAAAAUAGAUAUCUGUAUUAUGGAGGCUUGUCUCUUUAAUUAUUUCAUUAUUGGCAUAUUACAUCUUGUUCUAGAUUUGCUAACUUAAAUUUUUAAGCAGGAAGUCAUUAAACACAUGAUUAUAUAUUAUAGUACAUAAACAGAAAUUAAAGAUUCAUUCACUUGAUUCCUUAGUUGCUAUUUUGACAUUGUAUAGGGGAUACUAAAAUAUGACCUAAAUUAAAAUGCUUAAUCAAUUGGACUAACUCAGAAAUGAAUACUAAUUAGUUUAAAAUGCAUAUAACUUAGUCCAUAUGCAGAAAAUGGCCAAAAUACAAAUUUGUUGACUGGAAACUGUGUAUUAAUAAUUUUGGACAAUAUUAAGUAGUAUAAUUAAAUGUUGAUAUAUCAAGUUAAGAAAA